UGGCACGCACGCAUUGGGUUUCUAGAAUUUUUCUAGUUUGUUGUUGUGGACCCCGUAAUAUCUGAGUUAGAAAAUAACAUCAAGUUUUCUAGUGAUUUUGAUUUGAUAAGGAGUUUUAUUACAGUUUCUGCAGUUGUUUGGAUCAGAAAUUAGAAACAGGCGCAUGAGAUCUGUGUCUUCUGAAUCUUACUGAAUCUACAGCUCUGCCUCCCUUACUGGCCUUACACGAUGAAUCGACGCGAUGGUAGAGGAGAUAGUGGUAUGGCUGGUGGCGGUGGCAUUCAUAUGAUUCCCGGUGGCCGUGGGCUCGGCGGCGGCGUAUGGUUGGCCGUGCAGGGUUUGCCGCGGGACUGGCGGGAAAUGGACAUAUUCCGCGCGAUGGAGAAACGCUACGGCAAAGUCAACGAAGUGCGCCGCAGCAACUCCAACGAACGCGAAGCGAUGGUGCAGUUUGUCAGCGAUAAUGAUGCCCGCUUCGUGUGGCAUCUGCGGGAGAUGGAGCUCUACGACCGCACAGUUACCAUCGAUCUAGCGCAAAAAGGAGGCCGCGGCGGCGGCGGUCGCGAUGCCUCACCGCCGCCUAUGCGAGGCGGCGGAGGAUUCCGAAUGGGAGGGGGCGGCGGUGGAGGGGGAAUGGGUAUGCAGGGCGGCAGUAUGCGCCGGCAGUUCUCUAAUGAUCGACCAAGGGACAAUUGGAAUGAGCCUCGGGGCAAUUUUGUCAGUAAUAACAGCGGCGGCAGCAGUAGUUUCGGCAACGGUCAAAGUGGCAACGGAAAUGCGCCUGUGGCACCCACUCCGCUGCCUGAAGACGAUGAAAAAGCGACGAGAACAUUAUUUGUUGGCAAUCUUGAGUAUAAUGUCACCGAAUCAUUACUGCGAAGCGUGUUCUCUAAGUAUGGAUUGGUACAAGACGUGGAUAUUAAGCGGCCCAUGCAAGGGAAUGGUGUAGCCUAUGCAUUCGUUCGUUUCUUACAUCUUGAUUUCGCCUACCGGGCCAAGUGUGAAAUGAAUGGCACACGUAUUGGCAAUUAUCAGUGUAAAAUUGGUUAUGGCAAAACGAAUCCAACCGUGCGUGUUUGGGUUGGUAAUCUGAAUUAUCCCGGCACAGCCACUGAUCUCGACGAAAAUCGGCUUUUUGAUGAGUUUGAUCGUUUUGGACAGAUCAAAAAGAUUGAUUACGUCCGGGGAGAACACUAUGGAUACAUCACAUUCGCAUCGGUCAGCGCAUCGCAGGAAGCGUGUGCCACGAUGCGUGGUGUUACAUUGAAAGUCAAUGGCGAUCGAGGAAUGAAGAAGAUUCGGUUGCGUGUAGAUUAUGCUGAUCCGGAUGAUCCCUAUCUACCCAAAAUGAAUAAACCUGAGUCCUCCAAACGCAGAACUGAUGACAGCCGUAAUAAGGAUUCUGAGAAGGGCGAUCGUCGUCGACAACCAUCGCGCUCCAAAUCGGGCUCACCGCCCCCCAAAAGUCGAGACAACGCGAAGCAGACCAAACGUCGUCGCUCGUCUGUGGAAGCUGAAUCGGAGCCAGAAGACAAGAGCGCCCAAAAGCGCUCGCGAGGUCUCUCCUCUUCGCCUCCCCCGAAACAAUCAAGUAAAACAAACGAUGAACGAAAGUCACGUGAUGACAAGAAAACCGGCGAGAAAUCCAAGGACAGCAAACGACGCAUCCCUGUCACAGAGACCGUGGCCGAAUUUCGCAAUAAAACCGAUGUAGUUUGGAAGGGCUCGGUUGUGCUGAAAAGCACAGUGUAUCCCAUUGCAUCGCAUUUACUGAGAGGACCCAUUGGUUGGCUAAAUGAAGUGCUGAGUCAGGGUGCGGAGCUCCAGAUUACACGACGUUUACGACUGGAAGAAGAAAAGCUGAAAGAUGUAACGGAUAAAAUGAAUGCAUCGGAGAGUGCCACGCUGAUGUGUUUUGAUGCCCCUCAGAAGGGUUCUCUUCAGAGUGGUCAGCACACGAAACCGCUCAAGCAUUUGCAGGCAUAUUUAUUAGAGAAAGAAGCGGCGGGGGUGAUUAACGCUAAUCAAGCGAUAAUCUAUAUCUUUCCGACUUGUCCCUUCGCCAGCCGGAUCAUCAGCGAAGACAUGCCCACAUUGAAUCUACCGGAAAAUGGAGCGCCAGUACGGGAAGAGGAUCUGGGUAUUCUCAUGAUCGUCUCGGCGCCGGUUGACAACAACCAGCCCACUGGUGGUGCCGCUGAAUAGAACUUGUUAGGAUGGGCAUAAAGGCGUGCGGAUUAGCGCUGGCGGUAAUUUGCACAGUAGUUUUUGAGAAGCAGCAUCUGCAGCAACAUCAAAUUGUUGUAGGACGAAGCAUCACAUCGGAACUGGACGCGCUUGGGUUACUUAUUCAAUCCUGUUGGUGCAUGGUCAUUGGAUUUCAUAAUAAUUUCCUCUACGGAAUAUAUUCGGGUAUUAUUUUGGUUUUUGCUGCCGCAUCUGAUGGCAGAGUUGUUAUCACUGAUUGUAAUUGACCAGUCAUGCGGAAGACGGGAAUUGAGCAUUUUUCAAAUGUUGCAAACCAUUAAGUUUGUGUAAAUGCUGCGAAGUAAUUUUCUGUUCACUUGUUAGCCUACUUUUUCCCCCUUUUCAGUUCUCUUUCGCGCUCUACUCGGCCAUGCUUGAAUUUCUCUUUUAAAUAGCGCCUAGUUAGACGAUUGUCACUGUUCUCUAUUGCGAUUAGCUGCUUUGUUGGAUUCUUAGUUUUGUUUUUCGUCACCUUUGACUGAACAAAAGCUUUUUAUGUUCA